GCAGUGUGUACGGUCUGUCGUUCAGGACUCGGAUCGAUGAGGAUAAUUGUAUUGCUUUGAUGCCCAAUGGACGCCUGAUUCUAUCUUUGGACAAAGACUCGUUUGAGUUGUUGGGGUUUGAGGGGAAACCGUCCAGAUUGGACCACAGAAGCUGCAGCAGAUUCGUGGUUUCUGUGGACUUGACAGACAGUAGCAUGGCUCCGGGCGGGCGGGGCUAUCAAAGACUCCUGACGGGUUUGAAGUCCCGCCUUCAGAUCAAGAAUGACUUUCUGCUGUCACAUCAUCCAGGGGGUAGGGCCUCCUUGCAGCCCCUCCUGUCGCGUUACGAUUGGUCCGAACACAGACCCAAAGUCAGCUGUCGCCGUCUGACUGACUUGACCUGCCCUGCCCCCCAGUCAUGUGACCCCCACACUCUCCUGGAGUGGCUUGGGAUUGUGGAGACAGACGUCAGCAGUCAGAACUCAUCCAGCAGCUUCCUGUCUUCGUUUGUCUGCCCUGAAACCGAUGCCAUGUUGAGUUGUGCUCUGAGCGUGUCUAUUAGCGGCCUGCUGCUGCCGCAGGACGUGCAGCGCCUCAUUCAAGAACUCAGGUGUUAUCUUCAGCAGCCUCAGACGGAGUCCUGGGUGUCCCUGACGGUUCACGGCUUUACAGACAGUCCGGUCUCUUGGGGGGACAGCGAGCAUGGCGUCCUGACUGGAGGACAUAACUUCUUCACUCUGUUGAUGUUCCAUGACCAUACCUACCGCCUCUACCUCUCUACGGAGACGCUCCACACCUGUCCACCCUGAGGCCUAGUCCCCGGGACGUGGUCAGAGGUCGGGGUUUGGCUGUGAGGAUCUGUUGGAUCAUAACCUGCAGCUGUUGGACACUGGCUCAGAAGUUCCAGAACUUUACCAGAAGACAUGUGGACCCAUCCAAAAACUGAGCAGAGAACUAAGGCUGCUUGAGGUCCUAAGGAGACUCCUUGCAGACCCUCUGUGUCUCUUCAGGAUCCCUCUUGUGUCUCUGCUGUCUGUUCUUGUGGACCCUCUGUGUCUCUUAAAGACCCCUCUGUGUCUCAUUAGGGCCCCAUGAGCUGUUCCUGAUACAUAUUUGACUGAUGUUGCUUUGGAAACAGAUUAGACCUUUAAUCACGUAGUAAACAUGUUAGGUUGUAAAAUAUUUGUAUUCGCUGUAGCACCUCAGAGCAAACAGGAAGUCAAAAACAACUGCUUCCUGUCUGAGCUGCUCCAAGUUCUGGUUCUGAGUUUUGUAUGCAAGAAGCUUAACCCGUUUCGGUUUGUUGAUAUUUCUUGAUCAUUGUUCAUUUUGUUACAUCAAAAUAAAAACAAAUUAAAGGG